AUGUUGAACACAACCACCCAGUCGGAGGGCACACUGCAUACCACACUCAAAAGUGCGCCGUUGAUGCAGUCUGUCCGUUUCCACGGACCGGGAGAUAUCCGCGUGGACGAAGUUGAGGAGCCAAUGAAACCGGCGUUUGUUGGAAUCUGCGGAAGUGAUCUGCACGAGUAUACCAGUGGUCCGGUGCUGAUCCCGGAAAACCCCCAUCACGUCACGGGCUCAACAUAUCCCGCCCCCAUGGGUCAUGAAUUCAGCGGCAUCAUCGAAGAAGUAGGCGAGGACGUCACGCACGUUUCUCCCGGCCAACGCGCCGUCGUGCGUCCGACCAUCUAUGAUGGAACAUGUGGUGCCUGCAAGCAAGGCUACAACCACUGUUGCGCAAAUAUUGGAUUCAUUGGAUUAAGCGGCUACGGCGGCGGCAUGUCCAAAAAGAUAGUCGCACCAGCCAGCCACUUCUACCCGAUCCCCGAGAACGUCUCCCUGGAAGCCGCGGCCCUCAUCGAACCACUAGCCGUCGCUUGGCAUGCAGUGAACCUGUCACCGUUUAAAGUCGGCGACAAUGUGCUGGUGGUCGGCGGCGGCCCGAUUGGGAUCGGCGUCGUGCAGGUGCUGAAGCUGCAAGGCGCGAGAAACAUCAUGGUGGCUGAAUUGAUGGAUAACCGUAAGACGCUCUGCAGGGACUACGGCGCCUCGCACCUUCUUGACCCGCGCGAGGGCGAUGUCGCACAGCGCGUGCGAGGGAUUACGGGUGGCGUUGGCGCAGACGUUAUUUUCGACGCGGCGGGCGUGGAGAAGGCGCUCAUCGGUGCCAUACCGGCCUGUCGUGCGCAGGGUACGAUUGUUAAUAUCGCAGUGUGGGAAAAGGCGCCGUCCAUCCCCGUGAAUCAGUUGAUGUACAACGAGAUCCGGUAUAUGGGUGCAGCCUUGUACGACGAAAUGUCGUUUUUGGAUACGAUCCGCGCAGUGAACUACGGUCAACUCAAACCGGAAGCCAUGAUCACCUCGCGCAUCGCCCUGGAGGAAGUGGUGGACAAAGGGUUCAAGGUCUUACUCGAGCAUCGGGACAAGCACUGCAAGAUAUUAGUGGAUGUGCAGGGAUAG